AUGACGGACGCCAGCCAAAAGAAGGAGGGCUUCAAGAAAUGUAGGAGCGCCACUUUCAGCAUCGAUGGGUACAGCUUCACUAUCGUUGCAAAUGAAGCAGGAGAUAAGAAUGCCCGUCCACUUGCCCGCUUCUCCCGGUCUAAAUCUCAGAACUGUCUGUGGAACUCCCUCAUUGAUGGGCUCACUGGGAAUGUCAAGGAGAAGCCGCGGCCAACAAUUGUUCAGGACACCCGACCCCCGGAGGAAAUCCUGGCAGAUGAGUUGCCACAACUGGAUAGCCCAGAAGCUUUGGUGAAGACGUCCUUCAGGUUACGGUCUUUGGUCAAGCAGUUGGAACGAGGGGAGGCCUCUGUGGUAGAUCUUAAGAAGAACCUGGAAUAUGCAGCGACUGUGCUUGAGUCUGUAUAUAUCGAUGAAACAAGGCGGCUUCUGGAUACAGAGGAUGAGCUUAGUGACAUUCAGUCAGAUGCUGUGCCUUCUGAGGUCCGAGACUGGCUGGCCUCCACCUUCACGCGACAGAUGGGGAUGAUGCUUAGGCGAAGCGAUGAGAAGCCCCGGUUCAAGACCAUCGUCCACGCAGUGCAAGCUGGGAUAUUUGUAGAGAGAAUGUAUAGGCGGACAUCAAACAUGGUUGGGUUGAGCUAUCCGCCAGCUGUUAUUGAUGCAUUAAAGGAUGUGGACAAAUGGUCAUUCGAUGUGUUUUCCCUCAACGAGGCCAGUGGAGAUCACGCGCUGAAGUUCAUUUUCUAUGAAUUACUCACACGCUAUGAUCUGAUCAGCCGUUUUAAGAUCCCCAUUUCUGCGCUUGUCUCGUUUGUGGAGGCCCUGGAAGUGGGAUACAGCAAGCACAAAAAUCCUUACCACAACCUGAUGCAUGCCGCUGACGUCACGCAGACUGUGCAUUACCUCCUCUAUAAGACAGGAGUAGCAAACUGGCUGACGGAACUGGAGAUCUUUGCAAUAAUCUUCUCGGCUGCCAUCCACGACUACGAACACACUGGAACUACCAACAAUUUCCACAUUCAGACACGGUCGGAUCCAGCUAUCUUGUACAAUGACAGGUCUGUACUGGAGAACCACCACUUGAGUGCAGCCUACCGCCUUCUGCAGGAUGACGAGGAGAUGAAUAUUCUGGUCAACCUCUCUAAGGAUGACUGGAGGGAGUUCCGUACCUUGGUAAUUGAGAUGGUAAUGGCCACGGAUAUGUCCUGUCAUUUCCAGCAAAUCAAAGCCAUGAAGACAGCCCUGCAGCAGCCAGAAGCAAUUGAAAAGCCGAAAGCCUUAUCCCUGAUGCUGCACACAGCAGACAUCAGCCACCCUGCAAAAGCAUGGGACCUGCACCACCGCUGGACCAUGUCUCUCUUGGAGGAGUUCUUCAGACAGGGUGACAGAGAAGCUGAGCUGGGGCUGCCGUUUUCUCCUCUCUGUGACAGAAAGUCAACCAUGGUUGCCCAGUCACAAGUGGGUUUUAUUGACUUCAUUGUGGAACCCACCUUUACUGUGCUCACGGAUAUGACUGAGAAGAUUGUGAGUCCAUUAAUCGAUGAAACCUCCCAGACUGGUGGGACCGGCCAGAGGCGCUCAAGUUUGAACAGCAUCAACUCCUCAGAUGCAAAGCGAUCAGGUGUCAAGAGUUCUGGGUCAGAAGGAAGCGCUCCCAUCAACAAUUCUGUCAUCCCUGUUGACUACAAGAGUUUUAAAGCCACUUGGACUGAGGUGGUGCACAUCAAUCGGGAGCGGUGGCGGGCCAAGGUGCCCAAAGAAGAGAAAGCCAAGAAGGAAGCUGAAGAGAAGGCUCGCCUGGCUGCUGAGGAAAAACAAAAGGAAAUGGAAGCCCAAAGCCAAACUGAACAAGGCAAAGCUGAGAAGAAGACAUCGGGAGAAACAAAAGGUCAAGUCAAUGGAGCCCGUACAAACAAGGCGAAGAACCCCAAGGGUGACAAGGCGGGAGAAAAACAGCAGAACGGUGACUUGAAAGACGGGAAAAACAAGGCAGACAAGAAGGAUCACUCCAGCACCGGAAAUGAUUCAAAGAAAACAGAUGGUACAAAGAAGCGUUCUCAUGGCUCACCUGCUCCAAGCACUAGUUCCACAAGUCGCCUUACCUUGCCAGUCAUCAAGCCUCCUUUGCGUCACUUCAAACGCCCCGCUUAUGCAUCUAGCUCCUAUGCGCCUUCAGUUCCAAAGAAAACGGAUGACCAUCCUGCAAGGUACAAGAUGCUGGAUCAGCGGAUCAAAAUGAAAAAGAUCCAGAACAUCUCUCAUCACUGGAACAAAAAAUAG